GCAGGUUACACGGAUAGUGUUUACGUUUCUUUUUUUCCUUCAUUGUCAGAUCAUACUCAAAUGCCUUCUUAAAACGUUAUAACAAAAAAAAAAACAGUACGUUAAGACAAAAGAUGAGUGAAUGUUUAAUGUGCAGUGGCUUUCAGUCAACUUCAGUAAGGAGUGAAGGGCACACUGCUUACUGUCAUGUGUUUGGAAGUCACUAUCAAGAGAGCUUAGUCAAGCUGAUAUGGAAAUAUUUGGAUUUGGAUCCGCAUCAUAAAUUGCUCUACAUGGGAGAAGAUGGGGAACACCUGAUUCCAGCCCUGGAGAAGACUUUGGUACUUUUACAUCCAGUGUUGUGGGGAGAGACUGCUGAUCCCAAAGAGAUUAACAGUGACAUCGAAGGGUUACAACACCUAAAGAAAGGCAGUUUUGACAAGGCUUUGCUUGUCAAUGCCUUGCCGUAUUUAGAGAGCCCAUCGCAGAUGUUCAAAAAAGUCUUCAGUUUACUGAGUAAGUCUGGUGCAGCUCUCCUGAUUCACCGUCCUGCACCGGUGACAACGCUUCCUUUCUUCAGGAAAGCCAAAGACAAGAUGGGAGAACAGGAUUAUCCCUUUGAGAAAAUCUUUGAGAGUCUGAGGUUAGUUGAAGCCGAGCUGGAGUGGGAACUAGAAUCUGUUCCAGUAAAAAUGAGAAAGGAAGAAUGGCUUUCUUUGCUGGGAAGGAAGUGUGUGCCCAUGCUGCAGUGUCUAAGUGGUCAGGAUAUUACUACGGGACUACAGGAGCUAAGAGAAGGGUGCCUCAAAUACUCUGAGGACACUCUGUGCUUUGAGGACACACUGCUGUUCAUCGUCGCUCACAAAGGGCAAGCGAGCCGCGCUGUGGGUCCCGUAAUCCAGCGCUCCGGUCGGACUCACCUGCUUGCUCACGGGCCUGAGGAUGUGACGUAUAGAUUACCGCUGGCUGAAGACAUGGUCAAAUACCUGAGGUCACCCCUCCAAGCACAUCUAUCAUCUUAAAGGUCCGUUUAAUAUGUAAACAAAUUACUUUUACUAUUUUACUUCAUCAAUAAAAUAAUAAAAACACGUACCCCUUUUUGUGGUUCUGUGGCAUUACAGGGCUUCUUUGACAGUGAAUGUAAUUGAAAAGGGCAAAGGUUAAAUAUUAUAUGUUUCUACCACAUUUCACGAAUUGAAAGAAACUAUUGCUGCACAGACAAUAUAAUUUAUAAAUCGAUGGCUGAUUGAAUUACUCAUAUUUUUCGACGCAUUCUGCGAUAUGUAUUACUCAUAGAAACCAGACAGUCUGGAUACUAAUAAAACAGCAAUUAACUGCAGUGCUUUCUGACUGAAGUGAAUGGGUAUUGACCUUUGUUUGACAGCCUGUUGGGUUAAAGUGUUUAGACAAAUGAAUUCACUGUAGUCACAGUAGUCUUUUAUAAUGAUUAGCUCAUUCUGUCUGCUUUCCUUAACCUUUUUAUUCCGCAGCAAAGGAAACUAUACUUUUGUAUGAUCCUGUCCAAGAACACCUGGUGUUGUAAAUGUUGCAUAAGUGAUAAAUAACACCCGUUCAGUCUCUGUUUCACUCUAAUAAAAAUGAAAUUGCUUCAAACUUGCCAUGUCUAAAUUAACCAAGGUCCAGCAGUGCACUGAACAAUACACAUCGUAGUCAUUCGUUCAGA